CUGCUGUGCUGCUGCUGCUGUUGCUUUGCUGGAUCGGAGGAUUCAAACUUCCGGCACUAUCAUGGCGGCAUGCUGCUGCUUCUGACACGGAGUAGUCCGAAUACCGAGCCGCCCGUUAUUCGGCCCUUAGCGCGGCACGUAUCCAGGACCGCAGGGGUUGCAGACGGCGGAUAAGACGUCCUCUCCUCUCCCGCUUCAUCACCAUCAUCAUCAUCAGCGGCCGCGGAGGAGCAGGCGUGAGCGGCCAUGGCGGCGCAGAAGCCCGUGGAGUGGGUCCAGGCCGUCAUCAGCCGAUUCGACGAGCAGCUUCCUGUGAAAGUUGGCAUUCAGAACACUCACACUAAAAUCAGCACAGAGCACAAUAAGGAAUGUCUGAUCAACAUCUCCAGGUACAAAUUCUCUCUGGUCAUCAGUGGACUCACCAAUAUCCUGAAGAACGUCAAUAACAUGAGAAUAUUUGGAGAUUCUGCAGAGAAGAACCUCUACCAGUCCCAGCUGAUCAUCAUGGACACACUGGAGAAGUGCUUGGCAGGGCAACCAAAAGACAGUAUGCGUCUGGAUGAGACGAUGCUUGUGAAGCAGUUACUGCCUGAGAUCUGUCAUUUCAUCCACACGUACCGUGAAGGAAACCAGCAUGCAGCCGAGCUUAGGGAAUCUGCCUGUGGGGUUCUGUUUUCUCUCAGCUGCAGUAACUUCAACGCAGUCUUCAGCCGCAUCUCCACCAGGUUGCAGGAGUUGACAGUCUGCUCUGAAGAUAAUGUAGAUGUGCAUGACAUCGAGCUCAUUCAGUACAUCAAUGUGGACUGUUGUAAACUCAAAGGACUCCUGCAAGAAACUGUAUUUAAAUUUAAAACCUUGAAGAAGCCUGCCCAGUUGAGCGUCAUCUAUAAUCUAGAGAAGGCAUUUUGGAACUGGGUGGAGAAUUAUCCUGAUGAGUUCACCAUGUUGUAUAAGAGACCUCAGGCAGACAUGGCUGACUGUGCAGAGAAGCUGUUUGAUCUUGUGGAUAGUUUUGCUGAGAGUACGAAGAGGAAGGCAGCUGUGUGGCCCCUACAGAUCAUCCUUCUCAUCCUCUGUCCUGACAUCAUGCAAGACAUGUCCAAAGACACGCCAGAUGACUCCAAAGACAACAAGAAGCUGUUCUUGGAGAAUCUGCGGAAAGCUCUGAGCGGUCAUGGCGGAAGCAAGCAGCUGACGGAGAGCGCAGCCAUCGCCUGUGUUAAACUGUGUAAAGCGUCCACCUACAUUAACUGGGAGGAUCACUCUUUCAUCUUUGUUCUGGUGCAGUCCAUCGUGGUAGACCUGAAGGGGCUGCUUUUUAACCCAGGAAAGCCAUUUUCCAGAGGCGCAGGAAGCCAGAGUGCAGACGUGGACUUGAUGAUCGACUGUUUCGUCUCCUGUUUCAGAAUCAACCCACACAACAAUCAGCAGUUUAAGGUGUGUCUGGCCCCAUUGUCGCCCCCUACCUUCCAUUUUGUGCUGGUGAAUUCUCUGCACCGAAUCAUCACUAAUUCUCCGCUGGACUGGUGGCCGAAGAUCGAUACGGUGUACUGUUACUCAGGAGAGCUGCGUCUCAUGUUUGCAGAGACUGUGGGGCGAGUCGUACAGGGCUGCAGCAGUCACGCCCCUCUCCGUAUGACCCCGGGACAUUUCUCAAGUUCAUCAGUGAGACCAGCAGCACCAGCACAGACACUGAGUUUGACACUUAAGGAAAAAAUGAGCAGUCUGAAGUUUAAAGAGAAAACCACUGAUCUGGACACCAGGAGUCAUAAGUAUCUGCUGCUGGCUUUGGUGAAACUCAUCCAUGCAGAUCCCAAACUGAUGCUUCAUAAUCCAGGUAAACAGGGUUUGGAAGUCCAUAGCAGCACAGCAGAUCUUAUCACAGGUCUGGUGCACCUUGUGCCUCUUUCUAACAUGGGAGACAUUUCCCAGGAGGCCAUGGAGGCUCUAUUGGUUUUACAUCAGCCUGAAAGCAUCGAGCUAUGGAACCCUUAUGCUUCAAUGGAAACUUUUUGGGAUAUCAGUUCUCAUGUGUUGUGCUUCAUCUGUGAGAAGUUAUUUGGUCAUCAGUUGGUCAACAGCACAGAGAUUCUAAAGUGGCUACGAGAGAUUCUCAUCUGCAGAAACAAAUUUCUCCUCAGGAACAAGGAACGUGCCUCUGCAGGCAGCAACAUUGCCAUCUGCAGGCAGGCCCAGACCAAGCUGGAGGUGUGUCUUUACAUGUUCUUGUGGAGUCCAGAUAUGGAGGCAGUUCUGGUGGCCAUGUCCUGUUUUCGGUACCUGUGUGAGGAGGCGGACAUCCGCUGCAGUGCAGAUGACAUCCCUGUGCAGUCCCUCCUGCCCAAUUACAACACCUUCAUGGAGUUCGCCUCCUUCAGUAAUAUGAUGAUCACAGGUCGUUCAGCUCUACAGAAGAGAGUAAUGGCUUUGCUCCGUAGAAUUGAGCUGCCCACUCCAGGCAAUACAGAGGCCUGGGAGGACACACAUGCUAAAUGGGAACAUGCGACUAAAUUAAUAUUAAGCCAUCCAAAAACUAAACUGGAGGACGGUCAGGAAUGGAUCAAUAUGACAGGUUUCCUGUGUGCGCUGGGUGGUGUGUGUUUGCAGCAGAGGAACAUGUCUGCUCUCGCCACCUACAGUCCUCCCAUGGGUACCUUGAAUGAUCGCAAGGCCUCCAUGGUGUCCAUGGCCUCGUGUGAGGGGAACCCAGAGACGCCUCUGAGCAGGUUCCUGGACCGUCUGCUGUCGCUGAUGGUGUGCAGUCACGAGAAGGGCCAUCAGAUCCGCACUAACAUCAAAGACCUGGUGGGGCUGGAGCUCAGUCCGGCGCUCUACCCGAUGCUGUUCAACAAACUCAAGAAUAGCAUCAGCAGAUUCUUUGAUGCCCAGGGACCGGUGCCAAUUAAUAAAACCAACACGCAGUUUGUGGAGCAGACCAUCGCCAUUAUGAAGAAUCUUCUGGACAACCAUACAGAGGGUAGCUCUGAACACCUGGGUCAAGCCAGCAUUGAGACCAUGAUGCUCAACCUAGUCAGGUAUGUGCGCAUCUUAGGCAACAUGGUCCAUGCCAUCCAGAUUAAAACCAAAUUGUGCCAGCUGGUUGAAGUGAUGAUGGAGCGCAGAGAUGACCUCUCCUUUUGCCAGGAGAUGAAGUUCAGGAACAAGAUGGUGGAGUAUCUGACAGACUGGGUGAUGGGAACAUCCAACCAGGCAGCUGAUGAUGACAUCAAGUGCCUCACCAGGGAUCUGGACCAGGCAAGCAUGGAGGCGGUGGUGUCUCUGCUGGCUGGGCUGCCACUGCAGCCAGAAGAGGGGGAUGGUGUUGAGCUGAUGGAGGCUAAAUCUCAACUAUUCCUCAAGUAUUUCACUCUGUUCAUGAACCUGCUGAAUGACUGCAGUGAGGUGGAGGACGAGGGACAGCAGGUGGACGGACGCAAGCGAGGGAUGUCCAGGCGGUUGGCAUCGUUACGGCACUGUACCGUCCUGGCCAUGUCCAACCUGCUAAAUGCUAACGUGGACAGCGGCCUAAUGCAUUCCAUCGGACUGGGCUAUCAUAAAGACCUGCAGACCAGGGCCACUUUCAUGGAGGUCCUCACUAAGAUCCUGCAGCAGGGGACGGAGUUUGACACUCUGGCUGAGACUGCUUUGGCCGAUCGCUUUGAGAGACUUGUGGAACUUGUCACAAUGAUGGGAGAUCAGGGGGAGUUGCCCAUCGCCAUGGCGCUGGCCAGUGUGGUGCCUUGUUCCCAAUGGGAUGAACUGGCCCGUGUUCUGGUGAAUCUUUUCGAUUCAAGGCAUCUAUUGUAUCAGCUCCUCUGGAACAUGUUUUCUAAGGAGGUUGAGUUGGCAGAUUCCAUGCAAACUCUGUUCCGUGGAAACAGUCUGGCCAGUAAAAUCAUGACUUUCUGUUUUAAGGUGUACGGUGCCACGUAUCUACAGAAGUUGCUGGAGCCAUUGCUCAGGGGGGUGAUCACGGGUACUGAGUGGCAGAUGUUGAGCUUUGAAGUGGAUUCAACCAGACUGGAGAGCGGUGAGAAUUUGGAGGAGAACCAGCGUAAUCUGUUACGGAUGACUUAUCGUUUCUUUCAGGCCAUUAUCAACUCUUCCUGCGAGUUCCCCCCUCAGCUCCGCAGCGUCUGCCACUGUCUCUUUCAGGCUACUUGUCACUCUCUCCUGUCUAAAGCAUCUGUCAAAGACAGAAAGGAAAUGAGAAAAGCAGUGGUGAGUCAGCGUUUUCCUCAGAACGGUAUUGGAGCUGUAGGUAGUGCCAUGUUUUUGCGCUUUGUGAACCCAGCUAUAGUGUCCCCCUAUGAAGCUGGGAUUCUCGACAAAAAGCCUCCACCCAAGAUAGAAAGAGGCCUCAAACUCAUGUCAAAGAUUCUACAAAGUAUCGCAAACCAUGUUUUGUUCACAAAAGAGGAGCAUAUGAGGCCAUUUAACGACUUUGUGAAGAGUAAUUUUGAUGCAGCUAGAAGAUUUUUCCUGGACAUCGCCUCUGACUGCCCAACGAGCGACUCUCUCAAUCACAGUCUGUCUUUCAUUAGUGAUGGCAACGUUUUGGCCCUGCACAGACUGCUGUGGAACAAUCAGGAGAAAAUCGGCCAGUAUUUGUCAAGUAACAGGGACCAUAAAGCUGUAGGAAGGAGACCCUUUGAUAAGAUGGCUACCUUGCUUGCUUAUCUGGGUCCUCCAGAACACAAACCUGUGGCCGAUACUCAUUGGUCCAGUCUAAAUCUCACCAGCUCUAAAUUUGAGGAGUUCAUGACCAGACACCAGGUGCAUGAAAAAGAAGAAUUUAAAGCGCUGAAAACCCUCAAUAUCUUUUAUCAGGCUGGAACCUCAAAGAAUGGAAACCCUGUGUUUUACUAUGUGACUCGCAGGUUCAAAACGGGCCAGAUAAAUGGGGAUUUACUCAUAUACCACGUCCUUCUCACCCUUAAACCGUACUAUGUCAAACCCUACGAAAUAGUGGUGGACUUGACACAUGCUGGCCCUAGCAACCGCUUCAAGACGGACUUCCUCUCCAAAUGGUUUGUUGUCUUCCCAGGAUUUGCUUACGAGAAUGUAGCCACCAUAUACAUCUAUAACUGUAACACAUGGGUACGGGAAUACACCAAAUACCAUGAGAGACUGUUGACAGGGCUGAAAGGCAGUAAGAAGUUACUCUUCAUUGACUCGCCUGCACGGUUGGCUGAGUAUGUGGAACCAGAGCAACAGAAGCUUCCUGCUGCAACUCUUGCGCUGGAGGAAGACUUGAAAGUCUUUCACAAUGCCCUAAAACUGGCCCACAAAGACACCAAAGUGUCCAUUAAGGUGGGCAGUACAGCAGUGCAGGUGACUUCAGCUGAGCGUACACGUGUCUUGGGUCAGUCCGUCUUCCUCAACGACAUCUACUACGCCUCAGAGAUAGAGGAGAUCUGCCUGGUGGAUGAGAACCAGUUUACACUGACCAUUGCCAACCAGGGCACGCCAUUGACCUUUAUGCAUCAGGAGUGUGAGAGUAUUGUUCACUCGAUCAUCCACAUCCGCACACGUUGGGAGCUUUCUCAGCCCGACUCCAUCCCUCAGCACACCAAGAUUAGGCCCAAAGAUGUUCCAGGCACCUUGCUUAACAUCGCCCUGCUCAACCUGGGCAGCUCUGACCCAAGUUUAAGGUCUGCAGCUUAUAACCUGCUUUGUGCCUUAACUUGCACCUUUAACCUGAAAAUUGAAGGCCAACUUUUAGAGACCUCCGGCCUCUGCAUCCCUGCCAAUAAUACCCUCUUCAUCGUGUCCAUCAGCAAGACUCUUGCAGCUAAUGAACCUCACCUGACUCUGGAGUUCCUGGAGGAGUGUAUCUCUGGUUUCAGCAAGUCCAGUAUAGAACUAAAGCACCUCUGUUUGGAGUAUAUAACUCCCUGGCUGCUGAACCUGGUUCGCUUCUGUAAGCACAGCGACGAUGCGAAGCGGCAACGAGUCACUGCCAUUCUAGACAAACUCAUAACCAUGACGAUCAAUGAGAACCAGAUGUAUCCGUCCAUCCAGGCCAAGAUCUGGGGCAGCUUGGGACAGAUUACAGAUCUACUCGACGUAGUUCUGGACAGUUUUAUAAAAACUAGUGCAACGGGAGGUCUCGGUUCCAUCAAAGCUGAAGUGAUGGCAGACACCGCAGUGGCUUUGGCCUCUGGCAAUGUCAAGCUGGUGUCAAGCAAGGUGAUCAUUCGGAUGUGUAAAAUCAUUGAUAAGACGUGUCUGUCACCCACACCCACAUUGGAGCAGCACCUGAUGUGGGAUGACAUCGCCAUCUUGGCCAGGUACAUGCUCAUGCUCUCCUUCAACAACUCUCUGGAUGUGGCCGCCCAUUUGCCUUACCUCUUCCACGUUGUGACCCUACUGGUGGCCACAGGGCCUCUGUCUUUGCGAGCAUCCACCCACGGCCUGGUCAUCAACAUCAUCCAUUCCCUUUGUACCUGCUCCCAGCUGAGCUUCAGCGAGGAGACCAAGCAGGUGUUGCGUUUAAGUCUGACGGAGUUCUCCCUGCCAAAGUUCUACCUGCUGUUUGGCAUCAGCAAGGUCAAAUCAGCUGCGGUCAUUGCCUUUCGUUCCAGCUACAGAGACCGUUCCUUCUCUCCAGGCUCCUACGAAAGAGAGACUUUUGCUCUGUCAUCUUUGGAGACUGUUACUGAGGCACUGCUGGAGAUCAUGGAGGCAUGUAUGAGGGACAUUCCGGGCUGUAAAUGGCUGGACCAGUGGACCGAUCUAGCGCAAAAGUUUGCGUUUCAGUAUAAUCCAUCUCUACAGCCACGGGCUCUUGUGGUUUUUGGCUGCAUCAGUAAACGGGUCACACACGCUCAGAUCAAACAAAUCAUACGGAUUUUGAGCAAGGCCAGCCCCCUUCUCAGCAUUGACCGGGGUUUGGAGAGCUGCCUGAAGGGUCCUGAUAACUGUAACAGCCAGGUGCUGAUCGAAGCUACAGUCAUCGCCCUCACUAAACUACAGCCUUUGCUCAAUAAGGACUCACCGAUGCACAAAGCUCUGUUCUGGGUUGCUGUUGCCGUGCUCCAGUUGAAUGAAGUGAAUCUGUACUCGGCAGGAACUGCUCUGCUGGAACAGAACCUGCAUACACUCGACAGUCUACGAGUCUUCAACGACAAGAGUCCCGAGGAGGUGUUUAUGGAGAUCCGUCAGCCUCUGGAAUGGCACUGUAAACAAAUGGACCAUUUUGUGGGUCUCAAUUUCAACUCAAACUUUAAUUUUGCUUUGGUUGGGCACUUACUGAAAGGGUUCAGGCACCCCUCCCCCACCACAGUGGCUCGGACAAUCCGUAUCUUGCACAUGCUGUUAGCUUUGGUCGGAAAACACCUGAACUGCGAUAAGUUUGAGGUGAAUACGCAGAGUGUGGCAUAUCUGGCGGCCCUGCUCCCAGUGUCAGAGGAAGUGCGGAGUCGCUGCAGCCUAAAACACAGGAAGUUAUUGCUCCUCUCUGAUGUCCCCAUGGAUACAUACUCCAUACAUCAUGAGGAUCCCAGCUGCAGGACACUGCAGGAGAGCCAGCCAUGGGCAUCCCCAAAAGUCUCAGAGCGGUACCUGAUGGCCCAGUACCCUAUAGUGGGACAAAUUAGCCCACGAACACGUAAAUCAAUGAGCUUGGACAUGGGACAGCCCUCCCAGGUCAACACCAAGAAGCUACUGGGUACCAGAAAAAGCUUUGAUCAUCUGAUAUCAGACACCAAAGCACCAAAGAGGCCUGAAAUGGAAUCGGGCAUCACAACACCACCCAAGAUGAGAAGAGUUGCUGAAAACGAAUACGAAAUUGAAACCCAAAGAAUCUCCCAGCAUCACCACCUGCGGAAGGUUUCUGUGUCUGAGUGUAACGUCCUGCUUAAUGAGGAAGUUCUCACAGAUCCCAAAAUCCAGGCGCUGCUUUUGACUGUACUGGCCACUCAGGUGAAAAACACAUCUGAUGAAUUUGAACAGAGGAUCCUGUAUGAGUUUCUUGCUGAGGCCAGUGUCGUCUUCCCAAAGGUCUUUCCUGUUGUCCACAACCUCCUGGAUUCAAAAAUUAACACUUUGUUGUCGCUGUGCCAGGACCCGAAUCUUCUGAAUCCAGUCCAUGGAAUUGUGCAAAGCGUAGUUUAUCAUGAGGAGUCUCCGCCUCAGUACCAGACCUCCUAUUUGCAGACUUUUGGUUUUAAUGGACUCUGGAGGUUUGCUGGUCCUUUCUCUAAGCAAACUCAGUUCCCAGACUACGCAGAGUUGAUUGUGAAGUUUCUGGAUGCGUUGAUUGACACCUAUCUGCCCGGCAUCGAUGAAGAAACGAGCGAGGAGGGUCUGAGGACGCCCACAUCUCCGUAUCCACCGCCUGCCCAGAGCCAGCUCAGCAUCACUGCCAACCUCAACCUCUCCAAUUCAAUGACCUCACUGGCCACCUCCCAGCAUGCACCAGCAGGAAUUAAUAAAGAGAAGGUGGACCUGUCCCCCACCAGCGGACGUACACGCCAUGGCUCGGCCAGCCAGGUCCAGAAACAACGCAGCACCGGCAGUUUUAAAAGACCCAGCAUCAAAAAGAUUGUUUGAGAGUCGCAGCACAGCAGGGUUUAGCCCCUGCUGGAUCUCCAACAGACAUCACGCUGCAUUUUAUGCAGUUUCUCUUCACUCCUGCUAAACCCAGUGCAUACAGCCAUCUUUAGGUUCUCCUCGAAUUCCACAAUUCCAGAUAUGAUAGCAAGGAAUAAGAUGAACUGAAUGCCUCUGUUUUUUAACCGGUCACUGUUUGAUACGCAAUGGAAGCAAUUUUUUUUUCUUUUUUUUUUUUUUUUUUUGGUGCAUAACAGAAAUUUCAUUUUCAUCUUUGCUUAAAGAUGCCGACCUGUGUACAUUUUGUUUAAAAACACAAAUUUCCUUAAAUUUAACAGAUGAAACUAUUAACCGAGUGGCAUUCCUUUGUUUAAUUGUAUUUGAUUUUAUUUACUUUGUCUAUGUUUGCGAGUUUUGCGUGUUUUUGUGUCUUUGGUCAGAGCCAAUGAGGAAAGAUUUGUGAGCUGUUUCCUAAAACAUGUCAAAUGUACAAUCGUUCACAUAUUACUGCAAGAAUGUACCCUUUGUACCCUAUAUAAGAGUAUAAGAGAAAUCAAUUUAAGAGACACUUAUCUUUUCUGUAGAGAUGGAAAGAACACUAGGUGUCACUAAGUUAACAUCUUUGUUUUGAGUUUCUGCAAAACCAACAUAAAUCAUGCCAUCUUUUACCUGCCUUACUUUUCGGUUUGCUCAUGAGGCUUGGUCAAACACAGCACUCUUUCAUACAAUUCAGCGCAGUAGAUUAACUGCAUGAAAAGCUUCAUUUAAAUUCUUUCAAGUCUAAGAUUAGCUUUUUCGUUCUACAACAGUUUUAAUGUGCACCUCUGUUUCAUCAAUACUGUAAUGAUGACAUUGUUAACACUAAAGACACUUUGAUCUUUCAGUAUGGACUGCCUAUCCACAAACCCUCUCUUAUGGUCUUUUCCCUUUUCAAUUAAAUGCCAAAUUAAUUUCUUACAAAUGGAAUUUCCCAACUCGGAUUGGCCUGAUCCAUCUGAAGUGUAUUUGCAGUUAUUAUUUUUAUUCGUUAGCAUCUCCAGGCUAACAGUAUUCAAAGUUCACUUGAAACUACCACUUGAUGCAAAUGGAUUCUAAUUGAAUUCAUGAUUUCUUGAUGUGUUUUAUGUUACAGUUUGGUGAGUAAAUUGUAAUAUUAUGGGCUCUUCCAGACUGCAGCCAAGUUUUCUUUCAUGGUCAUGUAAAUGUUCUGCUCUGUGUGCUGAUGUAUGUGUUUUUAUUUCAUUUUUCUCAAAUGAAAUCCAAUCUAACUUUUAUUCCCACCCCAUAUACAAUGGGACAUUUUUAUUUGUUCUGGCCUUCUUACCAUUGAAAGUACAACGGCUUUGUGAGUAACAGUCCUCUCAUUACUGGUACGUGUUCAUGUAUUGAGGGUUCAAGUUUGGUUGUAAUGGGACAGUAAGUGUAUCUGGCCUCAACAGAAAGUGAAUGUGGGUUUAGUAAUGGCAGAGUUUGUUGGACGUUUCAAACACUAGAGUGACUUUUUUUCUUCCUCUUUUGACAUUUGAGGUUAAGCAAAAAGAAUUACAUAGUUCAUUUGGUUUUUUAUGCUGACAGCUUCAUCUCUGUAAAUAUUUUUGUGUAAAAAUAGAAAGGAAAGUAUAUUUACUACACUGCAAAUACAAGUGACUAUGACAUUGUAUUAUUUUGCUUUUUGUAAAGCAGUUAAUUGUUAAUUGCUUAAUAUGUACAACAUAAAAUAUUAAUUAUUGUCUAUCCAUCACGUUUACUGCAUUAUGUCGAUUAACAUGGAGGAAAUACUGGGGGUUAAAAAAACCUUUGUGUCCUCCAGACUUUAUAUAAAUAUACAUCUGACUUCAUAUUUACAGCUGUAACACUAAUAAAGUCCAUUUAUGUCCAGUUUA